GCGCAAGCUUGUUGGAAACAUUUCUCAAUUUCCAACUGGCCAGACGCUGUCUCCUUUCAACACCCUUGCACUCUUUGGGUCGCAGGAGAAUCUCAUUAUAGCACCGCUGUUUUCCCUUGUACUCCUAGAAAGGACAUUCUAUCUUCAACGGUUUUGGUGUUUACAUAGGCUCCAGACCACUGUAGGUGGUUGACGGCUGGCGCUGUUCUGUGCAUGGGCGCGGCCGGUGGGGUAACCAUAGAGUAGCACCGGCAGGCAGAGCGGCCAGAAGACCGGGCGGCUCGGUGCCGCGCUUCCGGCAGCGCCGCAUUGCUCCGGGCGCUGCAGUGUACGCAGUUUCCAUGGGGACUGAACAUGGCGCCGCGAGGUGAGACUCUGGAGAUAAAAGAUUGUCCUCAACCCCCCUGGAAGUCCUGUUCUUUCUGAAUGGGUGGUACUAUGCUACCUAUUUCCUGCUGGAGCUCCUUAUUUUCCUGUACAAAGGGCUCCUGUUGCCGUACCCAACAGCCAACUUAGUCCUGGAUGUGGUGAUGCUGCUGCUCUAUCUUGGCAUUGAAGUCAUACGAUUGUUUUUCGGUACAAAGGGAAACCUCUGCCAGCGAAAGAUGCCCCUUGGCAUUAGUGUGGCCUUGACCUUCCCAUCCGCUAUGAUGGCUUCCUAUUACCUGCUGCUGCAGACCUACGUGCUCCGCCUAGAAGCUAUCAUGAACAGUAUCUUGCUCUUCUUUUGUGGCUCAGAGCUGCUGCUUGAGAUGCUCACGCUGGCCACCUUCUCCAGCAUGGACAGGAUCUGAAGUACAAGAAUUCCAGCUGGUGACAACACAUAUCCAUCUGGUACUUCAGCCACACUGGUGAAAAGUGGUAGGUCGAGCUAACCUGGGAAAGGUUUGUGUGGUUUUUCCUCAGUGCGGACAUUUGGGCGCUGAGCACCUACCUGAGGCCAGUGGCACCAUCUUUAAAGCGGGAUCAUCAGCAGGAGACUCUUUCCUUUUGUUGUAGGGAGGGGCAAGGCUGUCCCCAUCUUGGUGUUUCUAACAGCUUCCUAAUGAUCUCAAGUUCUCUUCUGUGGUCAUCAUGGCCAGAGCACCUUGUGUGGACCUUCUAGUUUUGUUUGGCUUCCAGCAGAACCUGAGCCACAGCACUCUGUGCACGUACAUCUGUCCUACAUGACCAUGGAGAGCCUCAUAAUGGUGGGCUCUUGGGCUGAUUCCAAUGUGUGUUCUCCACGCUGCUCCACCUGCCCCCAUCCUGCUCAAAGAGAUGGUGAUCUAGAACCCAUUUAGUAGUUUAUAGUAGUAUUUUUCUAUUCUGAUCAUGAAGCAAACACAAAAUUUUUAAUAAAAGUAUUUUCUGAUACA